AAAAGGCAUUUUAAUACUUUUAAAAGUCGACAAAAAAUACUUUUAAAAACAAAUUUAUCGCCCCAAUACAUUAAUUUUCAAAAUUCGACCAACCAAGUUGAGAGUUGGUUCGUUGAAUCGUUUCUGGAAUAUAAUAAUUUGCCAUUUGUUAGCCCUAUCUUCUGCAACGCCCGCAGCUCUCCACCUUCGUCUCCCCAAGGCAGAAGAAGAACCCCAUGGCGAUUUAUGUCGCGUCACGGCGGCUCUCCAGCGGAACAGCUGCGGCGACGCUGCGUUAUGCCACUGCUAUGAGAUCUUAUUCAACGUCGUUUAGAGAGGAGAGAGACACCUUCGGGCCGAUCCAAGUUCCUUCCGAUAAGUUGUGGGGAGCCCAGACGCAGAGAUCGCUGCAGAACUUCGAGAUCGGUGGUGAGCGCGAGCGUAUGCCCGAGCCUAUCGUCCGCGCUUUCGGCGUCUUGAAGAAGUGCGCUGCCAAGGUAAACAUGGAGUAUGGACUUGAUCCAACGAUUGGGAAAGCGAUUAUGGAAGCUGCUCAGGAAGUAGCUGAGGGAAAGCUCAAUGAUCAUUUCCCCCUUGUUGUUUGGCAAACUGGUAGUGGCACUCAGAGUAACAUGAAUGCUAAUGAGGUCAUUGCUAACAGAGCAGCUGAGAUUCUUGGUCGCAAACGUGGUGAAAAAUGUGUCCACCCUAAUGACCAUGUCAACAGAUCUCAAUCCUCUAACGACACUUUCCCUACUGUCAUGCACAUUGCAGCUGCAACCGAGAUUAAUUCAAGGCUCAUCCCUAGGUUGAAAACUUUGCAUUCCACUCUCGACUCUAAGUCCUUCGAGUUUAAAGAUAUUGUGAAAAUUGGAAGAACUCACACUCAAGAUGCUACUCCUUUGACGCUAGGACAAGAAUUUGGUGGCUAUGCUACUCAGGUUAAGUAUGGACUUAAUCGAGUCACAUGCACUCUACCCCGCCUCUAUCAGCUUGCACAAGGUGGAACUGCUGUUGGGACAGGAUUAAACACCAAGAAAGGGUUUGAUGUAAAGAUAGCUGCUGCAGUAGCCGAAGAAACAAACCUUCCGUUUGUCACUGCAGAAAACAAGUUUGAAGCUCUGGCUGCACAUGAUGCUUGUGUUGAAACCAAUGGGUCACUUAACACAAUCGCCACAUCGUUGAUGAAGAUUGCCAAUGAUAUACGUUUUCUUGGAAGUGGUCCAAGAUGUGGUCUUGGUGAACUUGUUCUGCCUGAAAAUGAGCCAGGAAGCAGCAUCAUGCCUGGCAAGGUAAAUCCUACACAGUGUGAGGCCUUGACUAUGGUUUGUGCUCAGGUAAUGGGCAACCAUGUAGCUGUGACAGUUGGUGGGUCAAAUGGUCAUUUCGAACUGAAUGUAUUUAAGCCGGUGAUUGCAAGCGCUCUCUUGCAUUCCGUGAGGUUAAUAGCAGAUGCUUCAGCUUCGUUUGAGAAAAACUGUGUAAGGGGUAUUGAGGCCAACAGAGAAAGGAUCUCAAAGCUAUUGCACGAGUCUCUUAUGCUUGUGACAUCAUUGAAUCCGGUAAGAUCAUGAUCAUGAGCGGAGACAUCAUGAUCAUGAGCGGAGACAAGAUCUUCAUUAAGAAACUCAGCUCACUCAGAACAAGCGGCUACACAAACUUGGCAGUAUUCAGGCCAAAUACUUGCCACCAGGACGACAUCAAUGAGGAAGUUCAAGACUCGUGGGUCUGGAGACAGCUUCUAUGUCUUCCCUCGGAGGCUGGGAAAAGGGUUGGGAACAAGUUCGAUUUGGAUUUGGAGCCGAGCAUGAGAAAGCAGAGAAUCUCUCUUUCAGCGAGCUACUAUCAAGUCUCAGACUCAGUCGGUAACAAAUUUCGUGCUUUAGUUGCCUUCUUGAAGAAGCAACCAGGGAAAAAGAUCAGCAUCUUUUUCAGCAGUUGCGAAUCUGUAAAGCUUACUCUGGAUUGCUAAGAGCAUUGGGUAUGCCUUUCUCGGUAUGCGAAAUCCACGGGAAACAGAGUAUUGGGAUAAAUCUUAAGGUCUUUUCUGAGUUCAAGGAACAAAAAGGUGCUCAUAUUCUUCUUUGCAGUGACCCAAUAGCACUGGGUCAUCAUGUUCUUCCAGGAGUGGAAUGGACUGUGAGAUUUGAUGUGCCUGCCAAGGUAGGGCAAUACACAAAGAGUGUUCUUCUGUCUGCUAAGAGAAGAGGAGCAAGAGUUAUGCUUGUGUUGACUGAUAGUGAAACCGAGAUCCUUAAGAACAUGCGGCGUACAGAGGUGGAGUUGGAGGAGAACAAAUUGGAGGAGAACGAAGAGAACGAAUUGGAGGAGAACGAAGAGAACGCAAGGGUUCAACCGCAAAAGGAAAGUCAGAUGAUAACAGAGGAGAUGAAGAAAGGUGGUCUGGAUAUUUGACUCUACUAAUUCUACGUAAGAUGUGCUGUUUCAAUUCGUGAGAGGAGACGAGUAUGAAGACCUUUUGUGAUUAUUUCACUUUAUAUUCAAAACUUUAUGUUAUGCAACGGUGUUUGUAAUUACUAUAACCCAACUGUGGUUCCUAAGAAAAAAUGAAUUUUGAACCAAUAGAAAAAAGCUUUUGAAUUCGGUUUAA